AUCAAGUUCCAUAAAAAUCACCAAAAAACGCGGGCCUAAUCACCAAAUUGAAAAGCGAAAUGGCACGCUGUCAUUAAAAGGGGGGAAAGCUCGCCGCCCUUUUGUAAUCCUGCCGCACAUAAAAAGCGGCAAGGGCAAACGUUUUAAAGAGGAGAGCACUCCGGCUAAUUAAGUCGUUGAACCCCUUGCCCUCGACAAAGAUGUCGGUUCGUAGAGCAGUAAGAUUCAAGCCAAUAGGAGGGGAGUUUGAAUGGAAGCGGAGACAAGCGGACCAAUCGGAAAGCGGCACCUUGGCGCUGCGUUUGCCAGGAUUUCCGCGGACAAGCGUUAGCUCAGGAAAAGGCUAAUUUGUCGCCGCUCGCAGCCUGAUUUCCGCCAUCUGUCGGCGCUGUUUUCAGCGAUGUAGAAGGGAGACAACCGAGUUCGCUGUUUUAAUAAACAGGACCCAUGACCCUGACACGAGGUUCCUUCACGUACUCGAGCGGCGAGGAAUACCACGGGGAAUGGCGAGAAGGUCUGCGUCACGGUCGCGGCCAGCUGACUUUCAGCGACGGAACGUGCUACACGGGCCAGUUUGAGAAUGGACUCUUCAACGGCUGCGGCUUGCUGGUUUUCGCCGACGGCUCCAGGUAUGAAGGGGAGUUUGUGCAAGGGAAGUUCCAAGGCGCCGGCAUCUUCACGCGUUUCGAUGGGAUGACAUUCGAAGGCGACUUUAGGAGCGGAUGUGUGGAAGGUUCUGGACUGUUAACGUUCGUGGACGGCGGUCGUGGCAGCCAUGAGGGGGUCUUUGAGAGCAGCCAGCUGACACGGCGGGAGAGCAGCAAGGUGGCGGUCCAGAGGGCUCAGGCGGCCGCCGCCAAAGCCCGCGCCCUGGCCAUGUGACACGGACCACAACAACUUUGCAUCCCCCUCGUCUGUUUCCACAACAACCACCUCGUAACGUAACCUUAUAUGUUGAUUUUCUUUCUUCACUUGGUUUUUGUUGGUGUCACUGAUUCUGGAUCAGCCAGCCGCCUACACAGUGGUGCUACACGAUUCACGCUCAGCUGACCUGAAACCAGUCAACAACUCAAAAGUGCAUUCAGAGGUCGUUUUUCUGCAGCGUCUCCGACUCCAAAACAAAACGUGUUUACAUCUGUCCGAAACGCUGCGGCUACAUUGACCACUUUAGCAGCGAAGCACUGUGACUUGGUCGUCCUGGUUACAACACUGCAUGGGUUUAUAUUUGCAAUGACAAACAACUGUGUGUCAUCCGGAUUUGUAUUAAAGCCAGUAAUGUUUAAAACUGGAAUAGAUGAAGGCAAUUAAUUGAAUUUUGCUUGAAUGCUCUACACGAACAUGUUGUGCAUUAAACUCUAGUAAAGGGGUUAUGGGCAGCCCAAUGAUUUUUUUUUUAUUUAUUUAUUAUUCAGCCCCUGAACCAUGUUUCAAUUCGGAACAUGCAAUUUGGUAGACAUGUCUCUCAUGAGUACACUCGGAGAACAAUUCUAUUCUAAAGAGACGCAGGAUUCUGCCAUUUUGGCUCGAAGUGGCCAUUUUAGGGUCAAUGUGCAGUUGCGCUCACAACCCUCAAAAAUUAGCUUGCAAUGUUUUGAAAAUUCAGCCCCCGAAAUCAGUUUCACUUAGCAACAUAACCUGGAAACAGCCACACAUUUUGGCCAUUUUUCGGGGUCCUUCGAAGACUAACUCCUACUUUAGAUUUUAUUUGCUGACAAAUUUGAACCACAUCAACUAGACAGAUGGAAGACCAUUUUCAUCAGUGCGUGUGGACAGAGCAUGACCGUGAAGUUUAAGAACUCGCAAUAAAACACGUAACUCAAAUGAAGAGGUUGUGGGUGCCCCUUGCAUUUUGUUUAUGUAGUACUUGAUGCCAGUUUUGACAUAUGAUAGAUAAAAGUGUGACGUAACCAUGACCAAAAAGACGCAGGAAGACUGAGGUUUUGUUUUGAAGGCGUCCAUUUUAGGCUCAUUUUGGACUUUAAAAAAAAAAAAAUAAAUAAAUUAUACUUUUUGUAGGCAUGUCUAUCAUGAGUCGACCCAAAAAAAAAGUCUCAGAAAGCGAUGCCUGAAAACAGCAGUAAGUCAGCCAUUUCCUUUUAAGGAAGCCAUUUAAGGCUCAUUAGGCCAUUUUUUUGGGGUUCCUUGAAGUUUGUCCGACUCGUACCAAAUUUGAAACACUAGACGAAUGUGGGCAUGUAAAUUUUCAACCAUUUCAGUUUUUAUCAUAACUAAUCAAAAUUACCUCAAAGUCCUGACCUUAGUUUAAAGUCACAAAAAUGUCAUGGUGAAGUGUUUAUUUCCACUUCAUAACCAUAACAACCAUGCAUAUGGACCCACACCUAGCCAAGAAAUGCUAAUACUAACACACUUCCGUCGACCGCAAAAACACCAAAGCAGACCUCUCAUCGGUGCUCUUGAAGCACGAAGUCCAGGCAGACUUCUCGCCUCGCCCGAUCACUCGGUGCCCUUUCACCGCCUGGUCUGAUCCCAGACCAGCCGCCAUCAGUUACCUCUGUCUCCCUCAGUGCCAACCACCCAGUGCCAGCCAGCGGCUGCUGACCCAGGAUCAGUGUCUCGCAAAUUAGUUCGAAGUGUCUUCUCAAAAUAUGACCGUACCGAGUCAACACUUAUGACUGAAUAAGAAUAUUUUUAGGUGCAGCGGUACCAUGACUUACGAGCAUCUCAAUUUAAGAAUUUUUCAAGUUACGAGCCAUCGCUUGGUCAAUUUUUUUUUUUUGCUCUGCGUUACAAGCGAGUUUUGGAUACACCGCUUGCUCAAGUAAAGUGGAAGAAAAUGAAGGUUGUUUGGGAAAGGAGAGGCACAGUUGCUGAUGUGCUUUCAGAUCAUUUUUGAAUGCUACAAACAGUCAAACACAGACGCAAGCAGCAAACAUUCACACUGAACUAUAACCGGCCAACCAGACUCAAGCUGCGUACAUCACUCACUAUGCCACACCCCUUAAAGGUACACAUCCAACACAAAUACUACAGCGCAUACAGUUAUUACACUUUGUAAAACCAGUGUUUUCUCAUUUUUUCAUGCAAUACAGUGAUAUUUUCCUUUUUUAAAACACAAAUCAGAUUGGUUUUUCAGUGUAUUCCAGUGGGGAAAAUGUAUUUGAUAUAGUAGAUUAAGUUGUGAGCUGAAGAAACAAAUUAAAUUUGUAUGUCAAGGUACCACUAUAUUUAUUUUUAAUUCAUGUUAUACUUAAGCACAUUUUGAUCUUGAGUAUCCACAAGUGUUCACUUCUUUCAUUGUUUGUGUUGUGACGCUAACGAGGCGUGUGAUGAGUUCCAAUGAAGUCGACGUGCCUGCUGGGAAUUGUGUACAGUAUGUGUCUUUGUCUGUGGGUGUAGGGUGCGUGCGUGCGUGCGUGCGUGUGGUGUUAAACAGCAAAUGAAGUCAAUUGUCAGUUAUGUGAUUAUCAGAGAGCGCGUUUAAUUUGGGAUGCAGUUUGCGUGUGUGGGGGGGGGGGGGGGGGGGGGGGCGAUCACACUCUUUUAAUUGGCUCUGGGAUCAGAGACUUGACGACUGUUACUCUUAAACGGCACGUGUGUCAGUCCACUUGUAUGUAUUGUCGUACGUGUGCUUGUGUGUUACACAACUGGCACUCAUAGAGGAUCACAAAAGCCCUUUAAAAGCACCUAAAAGCCACUUCACAGCGUCCAAACAACAUUCCGGAUGCUUCUGUUGCGGUCUGUACAAGCUUUGAGGAACUGUCGCUCAUUUUGGGGGGGAAACACUUCUGUUUUUUUGUUUUGUUUGUUAUAUCAUUAUACAUUUUAGUAUCAAGAUUUAUUUUUUUCCUUUUUUUGAUUUCUUCAUCAAAAGUACAGAUAGAGUAAAUCCACACUUGACAAUCCCGAUUUGCUCAAACUCUGUAAACUGGCAUUGAGUCUUCCAUCUGAUCACCAUCACAGCCCCCAGAUUUUGGGGGUCUGACGAUGGGUUGUGAGAGCCUGUUCAUUAUUGCUCUCAGCUGUUAGUGGUUAGUGAUUUCUGUUGUUGUUGGGAUAGGCGGCGUUGUAAAAUGCAUUCAUUGUCAGGAGCAUCAUUUGACCUUGUUUAGCUUGUUAGCAUCCGUCACAGAUUUGUGUUAUUUUGCUAGGCUAAUCUGGAAAAACAACUGGCGAUUUCUUGUAUUCUGCUUUGAAAAUAACAAUUAGCAUUUAUGCUAACUGCUCACCAUUAAAAAGCAGACAGUGUUGGUUUAAAUAUUACAAAAAGCGCUUGUGCUAAAAACAAUUACAUUUACCAAAUGUGAAUAUUUGUUAAAACAGUGUGUUUCCCAAAUGCUCGACUGUUCCUUUUAGCUUAAAAUAAGUCACUGCAUUUAUACUUUAUGUACUUUAGAUGUCUUUUUAUGUGUGUGUUUUGAUUUUUUUUAAAAUGUUGACAAAAUUAAAAAUCAAUCGAUGUGUUUGCCAAAAGUGAAAAUAUGUUGGAAAGUCUUGAGUGUCCACUGUGUGCCUGAAAAAAAGUGACUGUGCUUUGAAUCCUUGAACGCCGCCCUCUUUACAUAACUGUAACAUUAUUUCAUUAAACAAGACUUCAACGAAACGGUCGCUACCAAGACUUGCGAAUGAUCAAAUGUGAAGACACAGAAGGAGAGAUUACGAUCAUUGUAAAAUAGAAAUAUGCUGAAAUGACAAAUGUAAAAUGGAAAAGGAUGAGUGAGUCAUCUUAAAAUAAAAAAUGAAAAGAC